AAUCUAUCCAAGUUCCAAAUCCCUAAAUCGUAUCUUCGCCCCCUUUUCCCAAAUCCCUAAACCAUACCUUUCCUUUCCUCCAUUGAUUUCCCAUACAGACAAAACCCCGCAACGCCCAUCUCCCCAUUAAACCCGUGAAUUUAAAAACGAAAAAACCUUUCUUUGUUCUUCUUUUAAAGAUCCAAUCUUCAGGUUCAUUUGGGUUCUGAACAAAAACCCGUUUUCCCCCUUCUGUUUCCGAAUUCCAUAUCUUUUUGAUAAUCUUAAACAUGGGUUUGCGAUUUCUUCAAAAGGGUUUUGAUCGUUUCGUCAAUCUUUCGGGAUAAAGUUCCUGUUUUGAUCCUUUGGGUUUUAGCUAAAUGACUGCAGUGGCGAUGAAUUCACCCUUGUUUCGCGUAAUCUGCAUACUGCAUUCGAUUAUCGCGCUCACGAGUGGAACCCUAAUGAUGUUCUACGCAGAGAAAGCUUCGAUCUUUGGCCAUGGCAGAGAGAUCGCGAGCAAGCUGAAAGGAUCGACUCCUCACGACGAUCUCAUCAUCCAGAUUUCGCAAUCGUUCUCUGGUUUGCUUCUCUUCGCGAUAGGUUUGGUUCUGUUCUUGGUGUCUUUCGUAAAGGACAGAGAUUUCCACGGAUUCUUUGCCAAAGGUUGCGUGGUUCUGUAUGUGUUGAUGGCUGUUUGGAGGGUUUCGUUUGAAUGGAAGCUCGAAGAUCUUGCGUAUGAAUGGCCAAAACAAGCCCUUGGAGACAUUGCCCUUGCUGUCUCUUGGCUCUUCUUCCUUCUCUAUACCUGGAGGGAGAAGUAUGAUUGAUGUGUAAUAAUCUGUAUAACCUGUUGUUUGAGCAAAGAUUAGGGUUUGGAUUUGAAGUGGAGAUCGGUCGAGAACCUGCAGUGAUCAAAACCACUUUCUGGGACCGUUCAUGGAUUCAGAAGAUCGAAGACGAGAACAGUGAUGAAUCUCAGAAACCGAAGUGAUGGAUCGUCAUGUGAGUUUGGAGUUUCUUCCAGUUCCGGAUCACAAAUGUCGGAAUCUUGGAAUCAUUAGAAGUAAAAAGUGGAUCAUAUAAAGCUGAUGACGUCUCUUUAUGAAAAAUCCAUGUACUGAUGGAUUCUUAAGAGAAAUAAGUUCAAGAUUGUUUGGUAUCGAUUCUUAUAUAAUCUGAUUUCUGUAGAUCCAUGGGUUUUCUUUGAUCUUUGCACAUAGUUGAUAGUCUGUUUCUGUUCGCAUCAAAUACCAUCCCAAGAUAUUUUCACAAUCUCUACCCAAAAAAUAUAAAAUACAAAACUUUAUUUUGUCCUU